CAAUUGGAUCGAGUCAACGAUCAAAUGAACGUCAUUCACGAGGACAUCAAAAGCACCGAGAAGAAUUUGGACAAUUUGGAGAAGUGUUGUGGCAUUUUCACAUUGCCGUGGAAAAGGGUUAAGCGUCCCGGUAAUGACAAACACUUCAAGGCGCGUGAAUACACAGCACCGACAACCGAACAGCCCUCAAAGCCAAACUUUGGCAAAAAGACGCCUGCUAGUGGAGAUCCCUCCCAGGUCAAUGGUCCCUUCAUCCAACGUGUAAACCUUGCUCUAGCUCUGCUCCACUCCUAUCUCACCUGUGUUUGCCGAUCGUAUAACUUGCUUCGUAUUCGAUCAUGUGAUCUUCAUCCAACGCCACAAAGUUGGCUUUUACCGCUCAACGGAAUGUCACUGACCAUGAAGCACAGAGGUGCUCUUGCUCUUUCCUCUUUUUUCCUCUAG